CUCUCUCUAAAAUCGCUUGCGUCUUUAUUCUCUAAAAUUGCUUCUCUCUCUCUCUCUACUAAACUGCUUAUCUCUCUCUCUACAAUCAUGGUGCACACAUUCCCGUAAGCACAUUGAAGAUUCUGAUUCGUGCUCUCGCAUGUCCUCUCUCUCUCUCUCUCUCUCCUCAAAGUUUUCAUUUGAUAAAUCUCUAUUUAUAAGGAAACUAGCAGCGAAAAUCGAGCUCUGUAUCAGAUUUUAAUGGGCAAUGGUCCGGCCCUUUGAUAGCAACAUACUUCUCACAAAUACUAAAACCCUUAGAAUCGAUUCAUUGAGAGAGGACCGAGUGGACAUUGCUUCUUGCGAGUCGUCUUCCUUACUGGCCGAUUCCAUGGCUGGUCUUGAAGAGAGUCCAAAAAAGCCCAUUGGCGAUGAAUUUGACCUCAAAGUUCAAGAAGAGACGGCUCACCAGAUCAGCCAUGAUCCUUGGUAUCAAGUUGCGUUUGUUCUUACAACUGGGGUUAACAGUGCAUACGUUUUGGGAUAUUCUGGCACAAUUAUGGUUUAUUUAGGUUGGUUUGCUGGCACAAUUGGGUUAAUUGCCGCCGCUGCCAUAUCGCUAUAUGCCAAUUCUCUUCUUGCCAAGCUUCAUGAAGUUGGGGGAAAAAGGCACAUUAGAUAUAGGGACCUCGCAGGCCAUAUUUAUGGUAGGAAGAUGUAUUCUCUUACAUGGGCCUUGCAAUAUGUAAACCUCUUUAUGAUUAACACUGGAUACAUCAUAUUGGCUGGGCAAGCUUUGAAGGCGAUAUAUGUUUUAUUCAGGGAUGAUCAUGCUUUAAAGCUUCCAUACUGUAUUAUAAUUGCUGGAGUUGUAUGUGCUAUGUUUGCCUUUGCAACUCCUCAUUUAUCUGCUUUGCGGGUGUGGCUUGGAUUUUCAACAUUCUUCGGCCUUGUAUACAUUGUAAUAGGUUUUGUGUUGUCUCUUAAAGAUGGAAUAAGGAGCCCUUCAAGGGAUUACAGCAUUCCAGGAACUUCAACAAGCAAAGUAUUCACCUCCAUUGGUGCCACAGCGAGUCUUGUUUUUGCUUACAAUACAGGGAUGCUACCUGAGAUACAGGCAACUGUGAAGCCACCAGUUGUAAAGAAUAUGCAGAAAGCCCUCGCCUUUCAGUUCACAGCUGGUGUGCUCCCACUAUAUGCAGUUACAUUUGUUGGGUAUUGGGCGUAUGGAUCCUCAACUUCAUCCUAUCUCCUUAACAGCGUGACUGGCCCUGUUUGGGUGAAAAUGGUGGCAAAUGUGGCCGCUUUCUUGCAAACAGUCAUUGCUUUGCAUAUAUUUGCAAGCCCAAUGUACGAGUACUUGGAUACAACAUAUGGUAUGUCUAGACAGGGAAAGACAUACUCUAUGCAAAGCAUCUUAUUCCGGGUUGUAGUGAGAGGUGGCUAUCUCACUGUAAGCGCCUUUGUCGCUGCUCUCCUACCGUUUCUUGGCGAUUUUAUGAGCCUGACAGGUGCACUAAGCACCUUCCCUCUAACCUUUGUGCUCGCCAACCACAUGUAUUUGAUGGUGAAGAGGGAGAAACUCAGUUCUCUGCAAAAGGCAUGGCAUUGGCUUAAUGUGUGUGGGUUCAGUUUGUUGGCUGCAGCUGCGGCCGUUGCCGCAGUGAGGCUCAUUGUUGUGGACUCGAGAACGUAUCAUGUAUUUGCUGAUAUCUGAGCCAUGUAUAUUAGGUCUUUUUCAUUUCUUAUGAUACUAUUAAGUUUUUCCAUAAAUUAAAGCGAUUUGUUGGCAUUUAGUUG